AUGUCGAUGGCUCCUGUCUACUGGUUCUUAGUCUUCAUCGGGGUUUGCUGUCUGCCCCCGAUGCUCGUCGGGGCUGACGAGCAGCAAGGUGAAGGCUGCUCGCGCUCGGCCAACAGGUGCGGCAACAUCACCAUCUCUGAUCCGUUCUGGCUCGCUGACACAGAGGCGGGAAGAUCGUGUGGUAUCUUGGACUUCAAGGUCACUUGCUAUAAUAACAGCACUGCAUCCCUGCGGAGCUCCGUGCCCCUCAUCCCCGGCUUUGCAAUCAACAGUAUCUCUUACAAGGAACGCAGCUUGCUAGUCGUUGAUGAAGGCAAGCAGAAACUAUUGGAAGCCUCCAGCGGUUGCGGCAUAAAGAUUGGGAACACCUCCGCCAAACUAGACACCCAGUUCAAGAUCGACCUCAGCAACCUGAAUCUCAUCUUGUACAAUUGCACGAAGGAAAGCGCGGUGGCUGCUGCACGUCGGGACGGAGGCCUGGUGCAGACAAGUGUGAGGUGCCGGAACGAGUGGGUGGUGUUUGUCCGAGCGGGAGUGCAUCACGACCGGAUCGGGAACUACGCCAGAUACGCCAUGGAGGGCUGUGAUGCAAGCGUCGUGCCGGUACUGGCCUCAUUGUCAGGCAAGACGAACGCAAGCGACUACGAGCAGCUCAUCAACGAUGGCUUCCUCUUGACAUGGGAGGCCCCCCCUCCCCCUCUGCCCGCAGCAGCACAUGGUAGGCACAACAAGAAGUUAAUUUUGAUAGUUUCUCUGUCUGCUGCAAUCAUCUUACUAACAUGUCUAGUUUGGGGGGUGCACCGACAUAAGCAAAAGAUUGGUCUUUUCAUCCUCCCAAAGCAGACUGGUAAUAAAUCAAGCAUGGAAGAAAUGCUGAGGAGGUAUGGACCUUUGGCUCCGAAAAGGUACAAGUACUCAGAGCUAAAACAAAUGACUAGCUCUUUCAAGGAUAAACUUGGAGAAGGUGGAUAUGGCACGGUAUUUAGGGGUAGCCUAAAAGAUGGUUGUGUGGUUGCCGUGAAGCUCCUAAAAGCUUCCAAAGGCAAUGGAGAGGAGUUCCUAAAUGAAGCAAUUAGCAUUGGUAGGACAUCACAUAUUAACAUUGUCGGUCUGCUCGGUUUUUGCUUAGAAGGAGCUAAGCGAGCCCUUGUUUAUGAGUAUAUGGCUAAUGGUUCACUGGAGAAGUAUAUUUACACAGAGAAUUCAGAUCUAGUUAUUGGAUGGGACAAGUUACAACAAAUAGCACUUGGCAUCGCACGAGGAUUGGAAUAUUUGCAUCAAGGAUGUAGUACUCGCAUCAUCCAUUUUGACAUCAAGCCUCAGAAUAUACUUCUAGAUCAAGAUUUUUGUCCCAAGAUUGCAGAUUUCGGUUUAGCGAAACUGUGUCACCUCAAGGCCGGUAGCAUCCUCUCCGUCGCCGAAGCAAGAGGUACCAUUGGAUUCAUUGCUCCAGAAGUAUUCUCUAGAGGUUUUGGAGUCGUUUCUACAAAGUCAGAUGUCUAUAGCUAUGGAAUGAUGCUCCUGGAAAUGGUAGGAGGAAGGAUAAAUAAAGGAAAAAGGAAUACCGAGAGCUCAAGCGAUGUGUAUUUUCCAAACAGGAUCUAUGACAGUAUAGCAGAACAGGUACAAACUUGUGAAGUCAUCUACGACCUUGAAGAGGCCAUGAGAAAGAUGGCCUUAGUGGGCCUAUGGUGCAUACAAACUAACCCCGAAAACCGUCCUUCGAUGAGCAAGGUGAUUGAUAUGUUGGAAAAGAGCAUCAACGAAUUGGAGAUGCCACCGAAGCCGUUCCUUUCAUGUCCCUCGAUCCCGUCAUACUUGUCGUCGCAUACAAGUUAUGGUUACAUAUCAUCGUAUUGCUCCGCAUCCCCUGCUCCGUUACCAUAG